AGAACAUACAUUUUAUAAAUACUGGCUUGCAUCCAGUGGAGAUACUAAUAAAAAUGAUACUGCACUUUUAGAUGCAUAUCGACCUGAAGAAAUUCAUUCUCAAUAUAUAAUCCGGGUGGCGGGAAAAGGUUAUACAGUGAUCGAUCAUCCUAUAGAAGUUUAUAGAAUGCCAAAUACACAUGAAUGUAUUGAUGGGAACCAGCCUCUUCGCUUGAUAAUUGAUAUUGAUGCAAGGCAAAAACCUGAUCCUGCAAAUCCUGAACUUCCUUCCUUAGAUAGUGAAAAAAUUACUCGUGAAGAUUUGUUAUCUCGAAUUUUAGUUGCUUGUGCGGAUGCAUUAAGCCUUAUUCCAGAAUGUAUGCCUUUCUUAAAUUCUUUUGCCUUAGCGAGUUCAUCAAAUGCUGAGAAAUGCAGUUGGCAUAUUAUUUAUCCUCGGGCCCGAUUCGUGGAUUAUAGAGAACUUAAGGGUUUUACAGAAAAAGUUAUGGAACUAGUUGGGAAUCCUUAUUCAAAGUUCAUUGAUGUCGGCCUCCCCAAAACACAUUUCAAUCUUCGGCUUCUUGGAUCGGCAAAGGAAGGACGCAUAAAAAGACCUGCCAUUUCUUCUGUUAAGAAUGGGUUCAAAAAUCUAGAAGAUUAUUUGGUUCAACCAAAAUCGGAUUAUUCAGAAAUCUGGCCACGAACCUUUUCUUCAGAGGAGCCAGUAAAACAAGAAUUCCAGCCUAUCGAUGAUGAAAAUGCCUUGGUUAAGGGAGCCAAUUUAGUUAUU